AUGGCCGCCUCGGGCGCUCCGGACAGUUCCAGAAAGAAACGUGAUAAAGAUGAAAAUCUGACUGUAGGGCCUGACUUUGAGCCUUGGUCAAGCAAACGAGGCGAAAUCCUUGCUAGAUACACGACAAAUGAGAAACUGUCCAUUAACUUGUACAUGGGAUCUGAGAAAGGAAAAGCCAGCACUCCUGGAUCAGCGGUUUCUGAGAAGGUGCGGACAAGGCUGGAAGAGCUGGACGAUCUUGAAGAGGGCUCACAAAAAGAACUGUUAAACUUGACUCAGCAAGAUUACACAAACCGGAUUGAAGAACUUAAUCAGUCUUUGAAGGAUGCCUGGGCCUCAGAUCAAAAAGUAAAAGCCCUAAAGAUAGUUAUUCAGUGUUCGAAACUUCUAUCAGACACAAGCGUCAUUCAGUUUUAUCCAAGUAAAUUUGUCUUGAUAACUGAUAUUCUUGACACAUUUGGAAGGCUGGUGUAUGAAAGAAUCUUUUCUAUGUGCACAGAUAAUCGCAACUCCUUGCCAGAUAACUUUACUCCAGAAUGUGUUAAUGAUACUGCCAAGGAAACGUGCUUAAACUGGUUCUUCAAGAUCGCUUCCAUCAGAGAACUCAUUCCCAGAUUCUAUGUGGAAGCAGCAAUACUGAAGUGCAACAGGUUUCUUUACAAAACAGGGAUUUCAGAAAGUCUCCCACGCCUAACCUCCAUGAUCCGAGGAAUUGGAGAUCCUCUAGUUGCAGUCUAUGCUAGAGCAUAUCUCUGCAGGGUUGGGAUGGAAGUGGCUCCCCAACUGAAAGAAAGCCUGAACAAGAACUUCUUUGAUUUUCUUCUCACCUUUAAGCAAAUUCAUGGUGACACAGUGCAGAAUCAGUUGGUGGUGCAGUGUGUAGAAAUCCCAUUGUACCUCACUCUUUAUUCUCCUGCAAUAGAUUGGAUUCUACAAUGCAUCUCUUAUUGGGCUGCAGAGGUUCUGCUGACCGAGGUGAUGGAAAGGUGCAAGAAGCUAGGCAACAAUGCCUUGCUCUUGAAUUCAGUCAUGUCUGCCUUCAGAGCCGAGUUUAUUGCUGCGAGGUCUAUGGAUUUUAUUGCCAUGAUUAAGGAGUGUGAGGAAUCUGGGUUUCCCAAGCAUCUUCUCUUUCGGUCUCUGGGGCGGAACUUGGCCCUAGCUGAUCCCCCAGAAGGCGAUCGACUUCAGAUCUUAAAUGAAGCCUGGAAGGUUAUCACAAAGUUAAAGAAUCCACAGGAUUAUAUCAGCUGUGCAGAAAUCUGGGUAGAAUAUACCUGUAGACAUUUCACGCAGCGUGAGGUCAAUACCGUUUUAGCAGAUGUCAUUAAACAUAUGACUCCAGACCGGGCGUUUGAAGAAGCCUACCCCCAGCUUCAGUCAAUAAUUGAGAAAGUCGUCACCUAUUUUCAUGACUUCUCCAUUCUGUUUUCAUUGGAGAAAUUCUUGCCAUUCCUGGAUAUGUUCCAGAAGGAGAGUGUGAAAGUGGAGGUUUGCAAAUGCAUCAUGGAAGCGUUUAUUAAGCAUCAGCUGGAACCAACUAAGGACCCUGUAAUACUAAAUGCCCUUCUGCACGUGUGCAAGACGAUGCACGAUUCUGUAAAUGCCCUGACCCUUGAAGAUGAAAAGCGCAUGUUGGCCUCUUUGAUAAAUGGAUUUGUAAGAAUGGUUUCAUUCAACCGUGACUUUGAGCAGCAGCUGAGUUUUUAUGUUGAGGCCCGAUCGAUGUUUUGCAAUUUGGAACCUGUUCUUGUCCAGCUGAUUCAUAGUGUGAACCAACUGGCAAUGGAAACAAGAAAAGUGAUGAAAGGAAAUCAUUCCAGGAAGACGGCUGCAUUUGUCAGGGCUUGCGUUGCUUUCUGUUUCAUUACAAUUCCAUCUUUGACAAGCAUUUUUGGUCGUCUUAAUCUGUACCUGCUCUCAGGGCAAGUUGCUCUGGCAAACCAGUGCCUUUCACAAGCGGAUGCCUUUUUCAAAGCUGCCAUAAGCCUCGUUUUUGAGGUGCCAAAGAUGAUCAACAUAGAUGGGAAGAUGCGGCCCUCGGAAGCAUUCCUCCUGGAAUUCCUCUGCAAUUUCUUUUCCACUUUGUUAGUCAUUCCAGAUCACCCUGAACAGGGUGUGUUGUUUCUCGUGCGAGGGCUGCUCAAUGUUAUCCAGGACUACACUUGGGAAGAUAACAGUGAUGAUAAAGUCCGGAUUUAUGCAAACGUUCUGCAUCUUCUCUCGGCCAUGAAUCAGGAGACCUACAUCUAUCAUGUCGACAAAGUGGAAUCCAAUGAUACCUUGUAUGGUGGAGAUACCAAAUUUCUGGCAGAAAUCAGCAAACUGUGUGAAACGGUGAUCGCUCAGAUCCUGGAGCAUCUGAAGAGCCUUGGGAAAGAUGAGACUUUAAAGCGACAGAGCCAGCUGGCACUCUACUUCUUCAACAGCAUUUUGGCUCAUGGAGAUCUGCGGAACAACAAACUCAACCAGCUUGCUGUGAACCUGUGGAACCUGGCUCAGAAACACGGUUUUGCUGACACAAAAACCAUGGUGAAAACCUUGGACUAUAUCAAGAGGCAAAGCAAACACCCUGAGCUGCACCAUUUUACAGAGCUGGCCCUCAGACUUCCUCUGCAGUCAAGGACCUGAUGAAUCAAGAGCCCCUGGAAGGCAGGUUUCCAAAGCCGGUAAAAUAUAAGCUGUACCUUAAGCUAUUAUUGGAGUUCAAUAUCUUUUCAUUUGAAAGCGUCCCUCGGUGCGUGAAAGAUUUAUUCUGACGGAAGCAGGAGGGAGAACUGUCCUGAGUUGCAAACGCCUCUGAGACGAGUCUUUGUUUCCAUCUGCACAGCCAUUAAAGCAUUGAAAUGCUAACUUGAUUGAAAUGCUAACUUUGGGGUCAAUAAAAUUUAUCUUGCGGUUGCAGAAGGGGAAAUAACCCGAAACCUUGACAUGGUGGUAAAGAAAAGAUGAAGGUUACUUUGCAUUGCCACUGCAAGCGGCAGCUCUCCAGUGUCGCUGCCUCGGAAGAGAUUGUCUCAUACAUCUGAUAAAUAGCCGCUGCCCUAGGACUGCUAUCAACCCUUUCCUGAAUACGUGGCUUGGUUUGAUUGAAACACACAAUGGAAAAGAACCUCUGGAAAAAAGGCUAGGGGAGAGAGGCUCGGAAGCAAAUGUGUUUAGGGAGCUUUUGUAGCGAAGCUCAAAAUAAAAGGAGGGGAAGAUCUAAUCAAGGAAAGGACUCACUGGGCAUGAAUACAGAUAUUUCCUAGCAUUGCUUAGCUGGCUAUUUUGUAAUCAUUAGGAACGCUUAUUAAGAUGCAUAAUCCAGUCUUCAUUUGCCUUUUGAUUAUAAGCCUCAGUGAGGGAUGUAAUUUUUUCCCUUUCAAAUUUCUAGUUAACACACUUGUUAGAGUGAGGGGUGAACCGAACGUCACAGUGGAGAAAGUUGUAUGCUUAACCUUGCAGUGUCCUUAACUCCAUCCCCUGAACACCAAGCUGGAUAAGCUGGGUUUAUGUUUUCAGAAAAUAGUUGCGAUUUGGUGGGCCUGUAGAAGAACGGGAUCCAGCAACAGCGGGACUUGGCUGGGAGAUUCCCAGAGCGAGCGUCACUGGUGAUAUGAGCAAGAGAGCGCUUUUGGCCAACGUUGGGUCUUUCAGUUGAACCAAGGCAGACUGUCCUGCAGCAGCAAAAUACAGACAUGU